AUGUAUACCAAUAUCUCCAAAACCCAAGCUUUUCCUCUUGCAUCUAAAAUAUCUUCACAACCCAGAUGCUUCACUUCACUCCCCACUGCUAACACCCAAUUUUCGCCUCUUUCUUGCCAUAAAAAAUCAAUCUUUACAAACCCCAGAUGUAAAUUUCGAAUCUUUGAAAUGGGAAAACCGUUAAAUCCAUAUGGGUUGAUGCUACAGAUUGCUAGAAGAUACUGUGGCGCGAGAAUUGCCGAAAAGGAACUUCCUUGGCUAGAAGUGGACGGAGUUAAGGAAAGUAGAGUGGUGGAGAAAGCAAAAAGGAUCAAUGUUAGAAGUUCUGUUCAGGAGCAUUCUGUGAAGAAUGUGAGUGUUAAGUCCUCUUGGGAGCAAUCAGUUGAUAUGUUAGAGAAAACAACAAGACCAGAAUUUAAGCCGAGUUCGCGGGAUUCGGCUUUUUCUGUGAAAGGGGGUGAUUUGGGUAAGGAAAAGAAAAAUGGGUUUGUCGAGAAGGCGAGAGAGCGUAGAAGUGAUGGUGGUAGUAGAUAUGGUAGAUUUGAUGAUAAGAGGAGUGCUAGCAACAAGCCCUCUAGUAGGUAUGGCAAAUUUGAUGAUAAGAGGAGUGCUAGCAACAGGCCGUCUAAUAGGUAUGGUAAAUUUGAUGAUAAGAGGAGUGCUAGCAACACACUCUCUAAAACAUAUGGUAAAUUUGAUGAUAAUGUUGAAGAAAGAAUGGAUGAUAACGUUGAUGAAAGAAUUGAUGAUGAAAUGGAGGAUGGGGAGAACAUGGAGGAGGAGGGUGUUGAUGAUCCAAGGUGGGAUAACAUAAGGAAUAGGUUCCAAGGUGGAUCGGAAAGACCUGAAUAUCGAAGAUGGGAUAGUAAUGAGAAUUGGGGUAGAAAGACAUGGAGAGAGGCUACUGAAUCGACCGUGCCUAAGGUUGUUGGUGAAGGAAUCUAUGGGGUUGGUCCAGUUUUGGCUGCUUUGUCAGCUGGAAGAAGGGAAUUCUAUGCAUUGUAUGUGCAACAAGGGUUGGAUUUGAGUAGCAACAAUAGGAAAAAGAAAGACAAGAAAGGGUUUGAGAGGGUUCUUAAGAUGGCUGAAAACCUCAAUUUAAGCAUAAAAGAAGCAUCUAAGCAUGAUCUGAAUAUGGUGGCGGACAACCGACCUCAUCAAGGUUUGGUAUUAGAUGCUUCGCCACUUGAGAUGGUGAGAAUACAGGAAUUGGAACCUUUUUCUAUUGAGGAAGGCAAGGGUUCUCUUUGGGUAGCUUUGGACGAGGUUACCGAUCCUCAGAAUUUGGGUGCAAUUAUAAGGUCUUCGUAUUUUUUUGGAGCUUCCGGGAUAGUUUUAUGUGCGAAGAAUUCAGCUCCAUUGAGCGGUGUCGUGAGCAAAGCAAGUGCAGGAUCACUUGAGUUAAUGGAACUUAGAUAUUGCAAGAACAUGAUGCAGUUCUUAGUGUCUUCGGCCGAAAACGGUUGGCGAGUUCUCGGAGGAUCUGUCUCCUCUAAAGCAGUUUCGUUGAAUGAGAUCGAACCUGGUCCGCCGACUAUUAUUGUUUUGGGCAGUGAAGGCACUGGUUUGAGGCCUUUGGUGGAGAGAUCAUGUACUCAGUUGGUUAAAAUUGCUGGUAAUAUUCCUCUAGACUCAUGUACUAGUGAACUAGAAGGUGAAAGUACCGGUUUAAAUAGCGAGAGCGCUGGUAAAGAGUUUCUUUCAUUUUUGGCUGUGGAAAGCUUAAACGUUAGUGUAGCAGCAGGUGUGCUUCUUCAUCACUUAAUUGGUGGUAAACGCUCUGUCGAAUCUUUGCCGGACACAAAUAGACAGAUUUCCGAGUUACUUUCCAAAGAGACACUAGACAUUGAUGGAGAAAAACUUUUUUUUUUCAAUUCUUAA